AUGGCUCCUCCCGUCCCCCUAUCCUUUUCCCGCCAAAUCGGUGCCCUUUCAUCGAUCGUCCUCAACUCGAUGAUCAGAAAAUGCCUUCGAGACAGCAACUUGAAGGAAGCCCUCCAGCUGUUCGAUCGGAAUCCCGCUUCCCGGGACGUUGUUUCGUGGAACUUGGUGAUGGAUGGGCUGAUUGAGAACCACCGGUUGAAUCAAGCACAGAGAUUGUUCGACGAAAUGCCCCACAGAGACGUUGCCUCGUGGAACACUAUCUUAUCGGGUUAUCACCGGGCCCGUGAUCAGUCCCGAGUAUACCUUCUCCUCCGGAAAAUGGGAAGGUUCGGCUUUUUCCCAAAUGAGUACACGAUAUCGAUAGUGAUCACUGCUUUCUUGGGUUCCAAGUUCAGUUCUUUGGUCCCUCAAAUUCAUGCCCGUGUAUUUCAUUUGGGCCUCGGAUCGAGCGUCUUUGUGGCUUCUGCUUUGAUGAAGGGCUAUGCUAAUAUUCGCGAGAGCACGGGUUUGCAGAGGUUGUUCAAUGAACUUCUCAUGAAAGAUGUCUCCUCUUGGAACACUUUGAUAUCGGGCUGCAUGGAGAUCGGUUGUAUAGAGGAUGCUGAGAGAGCCUUCCGAACAAUGCCUGCUAAGAACAGUAUUUCUUGGACUAGUUUGCUCAACGGUUACAUCAUCAAUGGACGUAUUGAUAAAGCCCAGUUGGUGUUUGAAACGAUACAGGAAAGCGAGAGGAAUGUCUACUUAUGGACGGUGAUGAUUAGUGGGUACGUGAAGGACAAGAAGUACGAGGAAGCAUUGAUGUUCUUCAUCUCGAUGGUGAAUAGCGGGGCGAUGCCUAAUCACUUCACGUACUCGUGUACUCUGAGCGCGUGCGCUCUCACGUCCUCUCUUCUUUUGGGCCAGCAGGUCCAUGUGAGAGUCGUGAAGUACGGUAUGCCCAACAGUGUGGUCCUAUUGACCUCACUCGUAGACAUGUAUGCAAAGUGCGGGGACAUUGUAAGUGCAAGUCGCGUCUUUCAGAAGAUGCAGAACAAAAAUAGUGUCUCAUGGAACUCUAUCAUAGGAGGGCUUGCCAGGCAUGGUUUGGGGACAAGAGCUCUGGAGAUGUUCGAACAGAUGAUUGAGGAGGGGACCAAGCCCGAUCAAGUAAGCUUCGUGAAUGUCCUAUACGCCUGUGGGCAUGUUGGACUGGUGCGGGAAGGUGAGGCAUACUUCAAGUCCAUGAAGGUGAAGUAUGGGAUCGAGGCCGAACUGAAGCAUUAUGCCUGCAUGGUGGAUCUCUAUGGUAAGGCAGGCGAGCUGGACAAAGCAGAGAGGUUGAUUAAGGAGAUGCCCAUCGAGCCCGAUGUGGUCGUGUGGGGGGCAUUUAUUGGGGCCAGUGCAAUGCACUCGACUCGAAAGCUGAGUGAGUUCGCAGUUCAAGGGAUCGAGAGGCUUAAGAAGGAUCAUCCUGCGGUAUAUUCGAUGUUUCUGAAAAUUCAUGCAGAAGAGGGAUCGUGGAGCGAGGUAACAGAGUUGAAGAGGAUGUUAGGAAGGAAGCACGUUGAGAAGCAGAAGGCAGGUUGGACAUCAUACCAAAAGGAACUUUCACCUGCCAAGAAACAGUAUCCUAUGACUUAA